ACUCUUAUAAUAAGCUCCAUAUAUAUUACUAUAUACUAAGAUUUUAUUAGCUAAGUUCACCGAAGAUUUAUAAAGCUAUGGGAAAUUGCUUAGUUCUUCAUCAUCAUGAGAACAAUAUGGUAAGAGUAAUGAAGAGUGAUGGGAAAAUUCUAGAGUACAAAGCUCCCAUUAAGGUGCACCAAGUUCUAGCACAAUUUUCAGGCUAUCAUGCAAUAUCAAAUUCACUACAACCCAUUCAUCAUCUUCACCCUAAUACCAAACUUCUCAAAGGUCAGAUAUUCUACCUUGUGCCUAUGUCGCCGUCGCGGUCGCGGUCGCCGAAGUCUAGUAGCAAGAAGAAGAAGGUGAGAUUUGCUGAACAAGAAGUAGUAGUGGAAGGAAAAGGUGCAAAGGAAAAUAUUAAUACUAAUGAUGAUGAUAAUAAUAAUAAUAAUGGAGUGGUUAGGAUCAAAAUUGUUAUAAGUAAGCAACAACUUCAUGAUAUGAUGAUGCAAAAGGGAGAGAUUAUUUCGGUUGAUGAAUUAUUAUCUUUGGUGGAUCAUGGUGAAAAUAGUAAUGGUGAAGAAUGUGAUGAUGAUAAUAAUAAUAAUGAUGGUUCUAUAGGGUGGAAACCAUGCUUAGAAAGUAUACCCGAAUUAUGUUAAUAAUUUGGGAAGUUAGAUCUUAUUAUAAGAAUAU